AGUUAGCACCAUUUUGUAAGGAAGGGAGAUAGGGAGAACAGGCUGUUCUCAGUUAAAAAAUAAUAAUAAUCAAAUAACGUUACUGUUUUAAUCAUUGUAGCUAGCUAGGAUAGUUCGUAUUUUAAUAUUAUCCGAAAGAGCAAGGCGAACGAAAACAUCAAGUGAGAAGUGGAUCCAGAUCUUUCGACUGCAACUAGCUUAGCUACUAGCUAACUCGUAACUGGUUCAUCGCUCAAGUUAACGAAGAUAACUAGCACAGCUAGUAGUUCGCUUGCUAGCCAAGUGAAACGAGUAUUGACAUAACAAGCACCGAUCAAAGAGUUCCAGUGAAGUCAAAAUGAGUGCUCCCUCCUCCCAAAAAGUUGUGCUGAAAAGCACCACCAAGCAGUCCCUGAAUGAGCGGUGAGACGCGCUACGCACCCUGACAGCACUAAGCGAGGCGAAGGGCGAAACAGUGGUACAGACGGCCCUAGUGUGCUCUACUACGGAAGGCCACUGUUGGGGACCUGACCAGACAUGGACGCUAGACUGCCCAGGGCCGACGUGUGCUCCGCUCACUCAAAAGGCAUGCCGUAGUCAGCAUUUGCUGACAAAAAGUUCAACAAACAGAGUUUGGAGUGCAAACAUGGUGCUCCGGGCCAACCUUUUGUGUGAGCAGCGCACACUUAGACCCAAGGAGAGAGGGUAACGGUGAUGCUUGGUAAGGCGACUGCCCUAGAAUGGGCACAGGCUGCACUCCUGAUAUGCCCGGGCACUCCUCUCUGUGUGUCACACAACCCAAAAUAUACUGUACGUAUGGGAGAGGAGAGACCAAACCAAUGAAAAGGGGAGGGUGUGCCAAAGCACCCUCCCGCUCCUCUCCAACCCUCUCUACACACACAACUCUCUCUCAACUAAAUGACUGUUUGUUUAGCCAUUUGUCUCCUCUUCCUCUCUUCUUUGCUACCACUUUAAUUUUCAGUUCUCUGUGCUCUGAAGUCUUUCUAUAAGACUAGGUGCCCAGUCCUAGCCCGGACGUGACCAACCCCCCCCCCCCCCUUCUAUUCUCUCUCCCCCUUCUAUUCUCAUGUGUGGUGUGAGCACAAGGCACGGUCCGGGCUGUAAGUGGCUGGGUUGCCAGAUACCCCUCCAGUCCUGGGCCUCCAACCUCCACCAGGCCUUUUUCGCAGGCGGAUGACAUCAAAACAAGGUGGCGGGAGGCCUCUUCACUACCAUGCUGAAGAACAAGGCGCCGACAGCGGUGAGUGUGCGAGCCACCAUGCAGCAGCAACACAUGGCCAGCGCCCGGAACCGUCGCCUCGCCCAGCAGAUGGAGAACAGACCCUCUGUGCAGGCCGCCCUGCACCACAAGCAGAGCCUGAAGCAACGCCUGGGGAAGAGCAACAUCCAGGCCAGGCUGGGCCGGCCCAUCGGGGCCUUGAUGCGGGGGGGUGCUGGAGGCCGGGGGUUUUCCAUUGGAGGGAUGCGGGGGAUGACCAGAGGAGGUCUGCGAGGCCGCGGCAGAGGAGGAGCCCUGAGGGGAGCUAUGGCUCUGAGAGGGAAUCGCCUUGCCCCAAGCAUGGGCCAGAUGCGUGGCAGAGGGGGUCCAGGCCGGGUGGCCCACCGUAGGGGGAUGCGUCAGAGAGGAGGGUUUGCUGGUCGUGGAGGUGCCUUCGGAAGAGGAGCUGGAAGAGGAGUGGGAGCCAGGGGACGAGGCGGUCUGCGUGGGCGUGGUAGCUUUGCCGGCAGGGGUGUUGGCCGCGGUCGUGGGGGGGCAAGAGGAGGCCGGGGCAGGGGAGGUGGCCCAGGGAUGACCCGCGAGCAGCUGGACAACCAGCUUGACGCCUACAUGUCCAAGACCAAGGGCAACCUGGACGCUGAGCUGGAUGCGUACAUGGCCCAGGCUGACCCAGAGGGCAUGGAGUGAACCUGGACCUCCACCACGAGAGCAGGGACUCCUUCAACAGACCCCUUAGUGAGACAGUACUGAUAACAUGGUGACAUGGAGGGAAGCUUGUUUAGUGCUAUUACUCCACACAAACGUAAUGAUAAACGCACAUACGUAAACCUUUGAGUGCACUGUCUCGCACUACAUGGCUAAAAUUUUAGAUGUGAUCACAACCUCGGGCUUAAAUAUGAAACCUGCUUACUCACUGACACACAUGCAUACAAACUCACUCUAAAAUGUUGGGCCUAUGAAGAGAACUGUUUGAAAUGGACUGUUUCCCUGAAUCUGGAUUUGACCAUUCUAUCAGUAUCAGUGCAACGUAGACACACCUGCGGUUUUAAACCCUUUUUCUGUAUGUGCAAGUGUGCAUGAAGAACGCAAAUAUCUUCAACUUGAAUGGAUGACACUGACCAAACUAGAGACUUGAAGAACCAAUAUUAUCAAUGUUCCUGAAAGGCCUGCAUUUUGGACCAGAAUCUCUCCUGUCAUAAUCUGUUUUGAUGCUGAAUUGGACUAUUGCUGAACUUUGCAUCUAUGUCCAAAUUCCUUUUUUCGGGAAGGAACCAUGCCCCCAACCCCAGCGCCAUAAUCAUGUCCAGCUAGCAUCCACUUAUCAUAUUUCGUAAACCUAUUUUUUUACUACCAUGUUUUUGUUAGGAUUUGUAUUUAGCAAUGGAUGCUCCUUUUAUUGUUUUAGCAGUAAUGUUCAUCGACUUGACUCUCGAGUAAAAAAAAAAAAACAUCUAAAGAAAAUGACCAGGGGAAUUCUAGAGAAAUCAUUCUGUUUUUCUCCCAUUUAAUGCCUCCAACUUAACUUAAGCUUUGCUUCUGGUGAAUUGAAGUAUGUUGAUGUCUUCAGUUGAUAUUCCCCUAACAGCAUUGUAUGGAUGCUAGACAUACCAAAUAAGCAACUACACAAGGAGGUGCAAAAUAUUUCCAUCAAGUUGCAAAUGUGUGAGUGGUCUUCCCUCCUGGUGUCAAUUGUAUACAUUUGAAAUGGUCUUUAAGCUGUGGUUGUUGUACACAACACUCCAAUGAAGUGAGUGAAAAAUAUUUUCAGAUUGAGUGUGUCCAUCUGGAUGACACUAUCUAAACUCCAAUUUCUAUGUAAUUCCGUUAGUGUCAUUGAAAAGAGAAUAAACUUUAUAUUGUCAUCUUC